UGCAAGAUAUUGAACAUCUUUGUGGUCCAGAACCUGCCUUUCGUUCCAACCACAGCGCAUCGGACCAUACAGCAUCCCUUCCACGGCAUCUCCAGAACCAGACUCAACGGACGAAAGUGGCUUUCAAACGCAGAGAAGAGGAAUACAGAGAGGAUUGAGAUUUUUAUUCUCACGCUGGGUAUAAUUUGUUACACGACAUGGUAGUCGCUCGCUGAUUACAAGUUUAAAACCUUUUUACGACGACGAAGUACUAAGAGAGAACUGCAGCGGGUAGGAACUUUGCGAGGCCCGUCCUCACUUCUCACCUGUGCGUCCGAAGUGGGAGUUUGGUCGCGCGGAAGAAAAAAGCCGCCGAAUUUAUUGCAGACUCCUCGGGAUUCGAAGGUUGAAUAUUUUGGUUAAUUUAAAUUACAUUCCGAGUUUCCAGGUGAUGUGUGUCGCCGGAGCCUCUUCAUGUAAGGGAAAUGAUACUUCUUGUCGCUUUAUUUUCGACAAUGGAGCGCUAAUAAAAAGGGUAUUUUCGUUGGAUUAAGCUGCAAACACCGCACCAACAGAAUGCGGAAGAGAGACCUACAGAGCAUGUGCAAGUGGGUGCUGCUCCUGACGUUCUGCCUGAUGUCUCUCUGGGGAAGGCUGGCCCUGGCAUCUUCGCACAGAAGUCACAUAGUGCACGUGAAAGCCGGGACCUGUGAGGUCAUCGCGGCCCACCGCUGCUGCAACAAGAACAAGAUCGAGGAGCGGUCCCAGACGGUCAAGUGCUCCUGCUUCCCCGGGCAGGUCGCCGGGACGACGAGAGCCGCCCCUUCCUGCGUCGAGGCCUCCAUAGUGGCUCAGAAGUGGUGGUGCCAGAUGCAGCCCUGCCUGGACGGGGAGGAGUGCAAGGUGCUGCCCGAUCGCACCGGCUGGAGCUGCAGCACGGGAAACAAGGUCAAGACCACCAAGGUCACACGAUAGUCCCGCCCCCUUCCGACUAGAACAUCCAAUCAUGGACAUCCUUUUGUAUAUGUAUAGCGACUGUAAGAAGAGUGGAUCGUCGGUGAAAUUUGGCUGUGCGAGCUGGGGUACGUAAAAGGCUUGGCCUGCGUUGGGAAACGGGUGGGACACGUAGCCGAGCAACGCAGAGAAAAGGUUUGGGAAUCGGUGUGAGCAGGAGCACGGACUUGACCUGGAGGGCUCUGUCUACUUGACUACAUGGGAACACGGGGACUACCAAUCAAUUCCAAUUCCUUGUCUUUAUUAUACAUGCUACUGUACUUCUCUUUGUGCUGCAUUCUUACCUUGGAUUGGGACACCAGUCUCUAAUGGCAGUUCUUCAGACAGUGGUGAUACCCGGGACUGUACAAGCCUGCUGAAGGGAUACUGUACCAUAAUGCCCACUUUAGAUCUCUGACACCUGACAACGGUUCUUUUUUAAACCCACGCCCAGUACAGUGGCUCCCGAUGUAAUUGUGUUCUGGAUAUAUUUCGCCCGUAAACGCUUACAGUACAUUCAGACUUUUUAACAUUUGAAGCUGACAAAUUUUCUCCUUUUUUUGAAGAAGAAAACAAGGAUUUUUCAGCAAAAAAAAAAAAAAACGAAAACAAAAACAAAUAAACCCAAAAAA